AAUGGCCGCGAAAAUGACACUCCUCACUCAUACUGGGGAAAAAUCGCGGAGCUAAUCUUCCUCGGAGAAUUUGUUGAAGUGAGAAGGAUUUUGUGUUGCAUUGUACUUGGUGAAGAUUGUGCACAGAAGGUGUUUGAUAGAAUGUCUAAACCGUUAUUAUACAGAAAACGUUCGAUCUCUUUCGGUCUGGUCCAAAUCCUAGAGAAGAAUAUGUUUAGAGAAAUUGAAAAUUUGGAGUCUUUUGGUGGACAAUCAUCUAGUAGAUCGCAGGGGACGUUUGUUCAGGUGAGACACAAGUCCGGUGGAGGAUGGAGACCGAAGAAGAAAGUAUACCAUAGAGUUCAUGAGCUUGAUAAAGCCAUAGAUUCGAAGAAGAAGCCAACUCUGAUACUUGAGCUGAAAUCCAUCAUUCAGGCGCAGAAACGUGGAAGCAUUCUUCUUAGAGACCUCGAGAAGCAUGUUGGGUUUGUUCAUAAGUGGAAUUUGAUGGCUGCCAUUGAGAAGUACCCUUCGAUAUUUUACGUUGGAGGUGGAAACAGAGAGCCUCCUUUUGUUAUGCUUACUGAGAAAGCUAAAGAGAUUGCAGCUGAGGAAGGUGAAGUUACAGAGUCGAUGGAACCUCUUCUGGUUAACAAUCUAAGGAAGCUAUUGAUGAUGUCGGUUGAUUGUCGAGUGCCUUUGGAGAAGGUUGAGUUUAUUCAGACUGCAAUGGGUUUGCCUCAGGAUUUUAAGAGUACAUUGAUCCCAAAGUACCCAGAGUUUUUCUCUUUAAAGGUUAUUAACGGAAAUGUUCAUCUUGCUUUGGAGAACUGGGACUCUUCACUGGCAAUCACCGCACGGGAAGAUAGGUUAUCCCGUGAAGGACUCCUUGAGCCUAUGGAGAACAGGAAGAAGGUUAGGAUCACAAAGGAUGGCAAUUUCUUGGGACGAAAUGCGUUUAAGAUCUCUUUUCCUCCUGGGUUUAGGCCUAACGCAAGUUAUCUAGAGGAAUUUGAGAAGUGGCAGAAAAUGGAAUUUCCAUCUCCGUACCUUAACGCUAGAAGAUUCGAUGCUGCGGAUCCUAAAGCUAGGAAACGAGUUGUAGCUGUGCUUCAUGAGCUGCUCAGUUUAACAAUGGAGAAGAGAGUGACUUGCGCUCAACUGGAAGCAUUUCACUCCGAGUACCUGCUUCCGUCUAGACUAAUACUUUGCUUGAUAAAGCAUCAAGGGAUCUUCUACAUUACUAACAAAGGAGCAAGGGGUACAGUCUUUCUCAAAGAAGCUUAUGCUGGUUCUAAUUUGAUCGAGAAAUCCCCGUUGUUAUUGUUCCAUGAUAGAUUUGUUGCGCUCUGUGGUCGGAGACAAGCCAGUCUAUGUAAUGAAAUGCAGUCUUCAAGAGAAGGGGGUCCAGAACUCAUGUGGCUUGUGAAGAGCAUCAUGGGAAAAGAGCCAAAGGGAAGGACAAUUAAGUCGCACUCCACAAUCCCCAUUUUUAGACCUGAGUCGCAUUCAUGUUCAGAAACAAAAGGUCAUUGA